AUGAAUAAUUACAGGCGUUUCAGUGCUAGCUGUGGUUACUGGAAAGCCACUGGCCAAGACAACCAAAUUGUAGCUCCUGGAACCAAUCGAGUAAUUGGAAUGAAGAAAUCAUUGAGGAUGAGGUCAAUGUUACUUGCUUCCAUCGUUCAGCAGAGGGUGGACUUGUAUAUGGAACCAAGGAAGGAAAGCUGUGGAUUCUUCAUUGUGAUCUUUCUCGUAGCCUUCAACAUGAAGGAUCUUGUUUUCCAGAUGAAAACAUGUUUGAGGUUCCUUCAUAUGCAUUGGAAGGCUGAUUAUUAUUGA